AUUUCCUUCCUUGCUUGACCUACCUCUCUCUUCCCCACCAGAUUUUGAAAAACCCUACCUCGCCAUCCACCCGAUCUUGCCCACCCAAAACCCUAGCCGCCCCAGAUCGCGGCGGAAAUGGAGGUGCCGCCGGAGAUGCUCGACGCCCUGGCCGGCUGGUUCGCGCAGACGCUCUCCCCGGACGCCGCCGCCCGCCGCGCCGCCGAGCAGAGCCUCUCCUCCGCCGCCUCCUCCCCGGGCUUCGCGCUCGCGCUCCUCGCCCUCGCCUCCUCCCCGCGCCACGACCUCCAGGCCCGCCUCGCCGCCUCCGUCUACUUCAAGAACGAGCUCCGCCGCCGCUGGCCCAAACCCUCCUCCCCGGACUCCUCCGACGACGCCUCCGACAACAACCUCCCCGCCACCGACUGCGCCAUCGUCAAAACCCACAUCCUCAACCUCCUCCUCACCGCCCCGCCCCUCAUCCAGUCGCAGCUCUCGGAGGCCCUCGCCGCCGCCGCGGCCGCCGACUUCCCCGCCAACUGGGACUCCCUCCUCCCCUCCAUCGUCGCCUCCCUCGGCACCGCCCUCACGGCCGGCGACGUCCCCGCGGCCAACUCGCUCCUCGCCGCCGCGGCCUCCCUCUUCGCCCGCUUCCGCAACGCCUUCGACACCAACACCCUCCGGAUCGACCUCAAGUACUGCCUCGAGGGCUUCGCGGCCCCGCUCCUCGAGGUCUUCCUCUCCACCUCCCGCCGCCUCCAAUCCUCCCCAGCCUCCGCCAACCCGCUCGAGCUCCGCCCCGUCUUCGACUGCCUGCGCCUCUGCUCCGAGAUCUUCCACUCGCUCAACUCCGUCGACCUGCCCGAGUUCUUCGAGGACCACAUGCGCGACUGGAUGACGGAGUUCCGCGCCUUCCUCACCACCUCCUACCCGCCGCCCGUCGAGGCCGACGGCGCCCCGGACGCCCUCCGCGCCGCCGUCUGCGACAAUCUCCAGCUCUACAUGGAGAAGUACGAGGAGGAGUUCAGGGGGUACCUGAAGGAGUUCGUGGAGGCCGUGUGGGGGCUCCUCAUGGCGCCGACGGUCUCGCCGUCGCGCGGGCAGCUCGCCGUGACCGCGAUAAGGUUCCUGACGACCGUCGCCGAGAGCGUCCACCACGCGCUGUUCGGGACGCCUGAUGCGAUGAAGCAGAUAUGUGACAGUGUUGUCGUGCCGAACCUGCGGCUGCGGGACGAGGACGAGGAGUCGUUUGAGGUGAACUGGGUGGAGUAUGUCAGGCGUGACGCGGAGGGGAGCGACACGGAUACGCUGAGGCGCGCUGCGUGCCGGUUGCUCAGGGGGCUUGCGGCGAACUACCGGGAACAGGUGGCCGCGCUUGUGUCGGCGCAGGUCCAGCAGAUGCUGGCUGCGUAUGCGGCGGAUCGGGCCAACAACUGGAAGGAGAAGGAUGCUGCAAUAUAUCUUGUUAUCGCUCUUAUGCAGAAGCCUGGCGCCACUGGCGGUGGGACGCCUGUGGUUGACAUGGAGAGCUUCUUUACGUCUGUCAUUGUGCCCGAGCUGCAGGCCGCUGAUUGGCAGUCUGAGCCGAUGCUCAAGGCAACUGUCCUCAGGUUCUUGAAGGAGUUCAAGGAUCAGAUACCCAAAGCUACUGCGCUAGCGCUGCUUCCAAGCGUGACGAGGUUCCUGACGCAUGAGUCCAAUGUUGUCCAUUCCUAUGCUGCCAUCUUUAUUGAGAACCUGCUGAUUACCAAGGACGUGGUCCAGGUACCAGGGGCUAGUGUGGUGACAAGGACUCCGCGGUAUGUUGCUGCUGAUAUCAGCUCAUUUGCCCAGCAGAUUAUUCAGAGCCUGUCCACGGCGCUGAAUUAUCCUGAUUCUUAUGAGAACCCCUAUCUGAUGAAGUGCCUGAUGAGAGUGCUUGGGGUUGCUACUAUCGCUGGCCAAAUCGUUCAUGAGAUAACUGCUCGUCUUGUGGGGAUUCUCAUGGAAGUUUGCAAUAACCCCAAGAACCCCGACUUCAAUCAUUACUUGUUUGAGUCUCUGGCAGCAGUGAUUGGCAAGGCUGGUGAGCAGGACCCAGCGUUGGUCCCUUUGUUUGAGGCAAGCCUCUUCCCAGUACUCCAGAGGAUAUUGGUUGAGGACAUCUCGGAGUUCUGGCCAUAUGCUUUUCAGAUAUUCGCACAGCUUGUCAAUUUGAGCCAACCACCUCUCUCGCAGAAUUACAUGCAGCUGUUUGGUGUCCUGCUCAGCAAUGCUACCUGGGACCGACCACCAUGUGUUCCUGCCUUGGUUCGCCUGCUGCGGGCGUUCCUUCGGAAGAUUCCAAAUGAGCUUAACCAAGAAGGUAGGCUGCCAAAUAUCUUGGUGAUAUUCCGUAGUCUUGUUUCGCGUGCCAGCACUGAAGAUUCUGCAUUCUACAUGCUUAACACGCUAGUGCAAAACGUUGGUCUUGACACUAUGAGUCCACACAUUGGUGAGAUAUGGAGUACUCUCUUUACUCGUCUACAGACUCGGCAAGCAGUGAAGUUUGUGAAUUCUAUUGUGGUGGUCAUGUCCUUAGUGUCCGUCAAGUAUGGGCCAGGUGUUCUUGUCAGUUCUGUGGACACAGUUCAGCCGAGUCUUUUCACAACAAUUCUUCAGCGGUUUUGGAUUCCCAAUCUCAAGUUGAUCAAAGGUUCUCUUGAAAUCAAGCUUACAACGGUUGCCUCAACAAAGUUGCUUUGUGAGUCUGCGGUGCUGUUGGAUGCUGCUGCAGCCCAGACGUGGGGCAAAUUGCUCGAUAGCAUAGUCGCACUGUUUUCCAGAACGGACCAAGAUGGAGCACAAGAGCAAAAUGACGGAGCUGAUGCAGCAGAUAGUCAGAGAACAUCAGGGUACUCUGUCUCAUUCGUGCGCCUUCAGUAUGCUGGGAAGAGUGAAGAUGAUCUGUUGAAAGAAGUAAAUGAUCCAAAACAGUUUCUGGUCACAUCCUUGGCCUCACUUUCUGCUCAGUCUCCUGGAAGAUUUGGUCCUGUCAUCGAGCAGCAUGUGGAUCCAGCAAACAAAGGUGCUCUUCUUCAGCUUUGCGCUGCCUACAAUGCCAACAUUGUCUAGAAGCAAGGAGUUUUUUCUCCGCGGAUGAGUCUCCCGGUGUCAUGUGUCCAUCAAGUUGGUUUUGGUUUCGUCCUUUGCUCCAGUGGAAUGUGUAGAAGGCUGGUCGUGGGAUGCGAAGGAUGCCAAAUCAUACAGUAGGAGCUUAGGAUGAGAAAAUUGAACUAUGUGGAGAAUGUGUCUACUAUGUUGGUUGUGAAUUUUGUGUGUGUGUGGAAGAGGUCUGUUUUCCCAGAGAGAGUACUGAUACUCACUCGUCGAGAAUGUUGUCAACAUGGUCUGUCUGUGUCAUUCCUGGUAGAAUCUGCUGUAAUACUGGCACUGGGAAAUGGUAUAUUUGUGGAUGUGAUUGGACCAUCCACUGUUUGUCA